AUGCCGGAGGGCGAAGUGCGUGGCAUGGAAUACCUCUCCGUGCCUUGUGGCAGCAUCAUGGGGAUUCCGAUCCGACUACACGUCUUCUUGCCCUUGGUGGCUCUUCUCGCUGGCAUCAGCACCAUGUUGGCAGGGCACCCCUGGCAAUCAGUGAUCUUGGCGGUUGUGGUGGCAGGGCCAUUACUCUUGAUCACAGUCUUGCUCCACGAGCUGGGGCACGUGUGGGCGGCCAAGCGCGUGGGCUGCUCGGCGGACCACAUCCUCCUGUGGCCUUUGGGCGGCUUAGCCUUCAUCGGCGGCUCCGUGAAGCCCAAGGACGACCACGACGGGGCUGACGUGAUGGGCGCAACGUCCAUGUGGAUUGGGAAGUUUUCGGAGGAGCAGAUCUUCAUCUCGGGCUCUGGCCCUGCCACCCAUGUGCCCAUGCUGGGCCUUUGGGCAGCCGUGCUGGCGCUCCUGCAUGGGUCCGUGACCUUAUCGACGCAGGGCCUUUGGAUUGACCCUUUGGCAGACCAAGAUUUCGGCAGUUUGGUGUGCAUUGCCAUGUUGAAUACCAACCUGGCGAUGUUGCUCUUCAACCUACUGGUGCCCUGCUUCCCCUUGGACUGCUCGCGGAUCUUGGCGAGUUUGCUGCUGCUGCAAGGCAUGGAGCCGUCCACGGCAGCCAAGGUCAUUGUCGCUUGCUCGGUGCUGGCGUUGCUGGCGGUCUUAGCGAUCAGCGCUUGGUCGGUGGCCUGA